GCUCCGCAAUCUACGUAAGCGAUUGUGUACAUGGUGACCUCGGCUCGUCUUAGCUAUUGUUUGAGAUGAUCGUGUCAGUAAAUUAAAGAAGGAUUCAAAAGUAUACGUAACAGAGGUCACGGUCUCGAGUCUCAUUGCAUCGUUACAAUCGGUUAAUGAAGAUACAAAUGAUAUUCGAGUACAGCUGUACCUUGAAUAUAGUUAAUAUUUUUUAAUUAAAUUAUGUCCUGUGCAGAAACAUUUUAAAUUAUAGUGUUCUGUAGAUAUAUCAGUUAGAGGUCAAAAUGCUGUGGCAAAUAUUUUUGGCUAUUUUAGUUUGUUACGUGUUGUGGAAAAUUUUCAAAACAGAUGAAAAUGAACUGAACCGUUUACCCGGGCCGCCGAAAUGGCCAAUAAUUGGGAGUGCACUAUCGUUUCUGGGAUUGUCUCAAAGUGAGAUGUUUGACAAGUUGUUGGAGUUUAGACAAAAAUAUGGUAAUCAAGUCGUCGUCAAAAUUUUAAAUCGAUACAUUCUUCAUGUCUACGAUGUUAAGGAUAUCGAGACCGUCCUGACACAUUCCCGGAAUAUAAAAAAGAAUAAGCCGUAUACGUUCAUCGAGCCCUGGCUCGGCAAUGGCUUACUACUCAGUUCAGGCGCUAAAUGGAAUGGACGUAGAAAAAUUUUGACACCCACUUUCCACUUUGACAUUUUGAAAAGUUUUAUGGAAGUAUUUGAAGAACAGAGUAAGAAUUUGGUUAAAGAGUUGGAGAAGCGAGUCAGCGAGGGUUUGGAUGUGGUGGAUGUCAGUCCAUUGAUUAGUGACUUCACACUUUACACAAUCUGUGAAACAGCAAUGGGAGUUCGACUAGAUUCAGACAAAUCUGAGGCCAAAUUGAAGUACAAGGAUGCUGUCUUGGAGAUAGGCCAACUUGUAAUGGAACGGCUUACAACGAUUUGGCUUCAUAACGAUUUUAUUUUCAGUUUGCAUCCUAUGGGUAAAAAGUUUGCUAAAUGUUUGGAAAAAGUUCAUUCUUUCGCGGAUAGCGUAAUAAUGGAGAGGAGCAUGUCAUAUGAAAACCGUGGGGAAGAUUUAAGUGAAAAAGAGAAUAGCCGCCGCUGUGCAUUGCUAGAUUUACUUUUAGAAGCAAGAACCAGGAAUGAGAUUGAUCUGGAGGGUAUCAGGGAAGAAGUCAAUACGUUUAUGUUCGAGGGUCAUGAUACUACAGCAACAGCGUUAACGUUUGGAUUGAUGCUUUUAGCAGAUCAUGCAGAUGUACAGGAGUCUAUUUUCGAUGAAUGUAAAGUUAUACUAGGUGACUCUGAUCGGUCUCCUAGCGCGUCUGAGUUAAAUGACAUGAAGUACCUCGAUGCUGUGAUUAAGGAAAUAUUGCGUCUCUACCCCAGCGUCCCUUUCAUAGGCCGAGAAAUCGUCGAGGAUUUUAUGUUGGGAGACAUUAAAGUAUCAAAAGGGAAUGAAGUUAUCGUUCAUAUUUAUUAUAUGCAGCAGAGAGAGGACUUGUAUCCUGAGCCCAAGGCCUUUAAACCAGAAAGGUUCCUUAGCGGCGAGAAGAGGCAUCCGUUUUCGUUUGUGCCUUUUAGUGCUGGUCCUAGAAAUUGUAUCGGUCAACGAUUCGCAAAAAUGGAAAUGAAGAGCGUGAUCAGUGAAAUUAUCCGGAAUUUCAAACUCGAGCCAAUAAAGAAGGGGGCUCGACCCAUCAUCAAAGCGGACCUCGUGCUGAGAACUACCGAACCCAUUUACGUCAAAUUUAUAAAACGAUAAUAAAUACUUAAAAUAUAUAAAUAUUUA